CUGGAGCGGCGCGGCGCCGAGCUGCCCCCAUCCAUGGCACGGAGCUGCGGCGACAGCAGCGGCCGGAGCCAGGCGCGAUCCGCUAGGUCUCAGCCGCGCGCACAGCGAGCCGGCGACGCGCAGGGGCCGGGCUCCCGUCGGCUCGGAGCGCUGCGCUGAGACUCGGGCCGCUCCGCCGGGGGCCACCCGCGCUGCGCUGUCAGUGGCGCCCGCGCCCCGCCGGGCCCCUGUGCUCGUAAGCCAUGCCCCCGGGGCGCCGCAGCGGGGACCCCGAGGCUUGCCUCCGCCCAGGGCCCCCCGCCCCGCCCUCGGGCGCCCGGGGCUCCCGCUGAGCACGCCUCCAGCACGCCCGGGUCCCUCCGGCCGGCGCGCCGUCUGGCUCCUAAGCUGUAGGUCCCCGCGGGGCGAUGGGUUGAUGGGCGCUGGGGGACGCAGGAUGCCGGUGCCGCCCGUGCGCCUGCCGCUGCUGCCGCCGCCGCUGCUGCUGCUGUGUCUUCUGCUCCUGGCUCCCGGAACUCGGGGUGCGCCUGGCUGCCCGGUCCCCAUCCGCGGCUGCAAGUGCUCUGGGGAGCGGCCCAAGGGACUAAGUGGCGGCGCCCACAACCCGGCUCGAAGGAGGGUGGUGUGCGGCGGCGGGGACCUCCCCGAACCUCCGGACCCCGGCCUUCUGCCAAACGGCACCAUCACCCUGCUCUUGAGCAACAACAAGAUAACUGCGCUCCGAAAUGGAUCCUUCUUGGGACUCUACCUGCUGGAGAAGUUGGACCUGAGGAACAACGUCAUCAGCACUGUGCAGCCUGGAGCCUUCCUAGGUCUGGGAGAGCUGAAACGCUUAGAUCUCUCCAACAACCGGAUUGGCUGUCUUGCCUCUGAGACAUUUCAAGGCCUCCCCAGACUUCUGAGACUAAACAUAUCUGGGAACAUCUUCUCCAGUCUGCAGCCUGGGGUCUUUGAUGAGCUGCCAGCUCUUAAGGUUGUGGACUUGGGCACCGAGUUUCUGACCUGCGACUGCCACCUGCACUGGCUGCUGCCCUGGGCCCGGAAUCACUCUGUGCAGCUGUCAGAGCGUACGCUUUGUGCCUACCCCAGUGCCCUGCAUGCUCGGGCCCUGAGCAGCCUCCAGGAGCCCCAGCUCCGCUGUGAAGGGGCUCUGGAACUUCAUACGCACUACCUCAUCCCGUCCCUGCGCCAAGUGGUGUUCCAGGGCGACCGUCUGCCCUUCCAGUGCUCUGCCAGCUACUUGGGCAAUGAUACCCGCAUCCACUGGUACCACAACGGGGCCCCUAUGGAGGGUGAUGAGCAGGCAGGCAUCGUCCUCGCAGAAAACCUCAUCCAUGACUGCACCUUCAUCACCAGUGAGCUGACCCUGUCUCACAUCGGCGUGUGGGCCUCAGGGGAGUGGGAGUGCUCCGUGUCCACGGGCCAAGGCAACACCAGCAAGAAGGUGGAGAUUGUGGUGCUGGAGACCUCCGCCUCCUACUGCCCCGCUGAGCGUGUGACCAACAACCGCGGGGACUUCAGGUGGCCACGAACCUUGGCCGGCAUCACGGCUUACCAGUCUUGCUUACAGUACCCCUUCACCUCUGUGCCUUUGAGUGGGGGAGCCCCAGGUACCCGAGCCUCACGCCGGUGUGACCGAGCUGGCCGCUGGGAGCCCGGGGACUACUCCCACUGUCUGUACACCAAUGACAUCACUCGGGUGCUCUACACCUUUGUGCUGAUGCCCAUCAACGCCUCCAAUGCGUUGACCCUGGCCCACCAGCUCCGGGUGUACACGGCUGAGGCUGCCAGCUUUUCAGACAUGAUGGAUGUAGUCUAUGUGGCUCAGAUGAUCCAGAAAUUUUUGGGUUAUGUUGACCAGAUCAAAGAGCUGGUGGAGGUGAUGGUGGACAUGGCCAGCAACCUGAUGCUGGUGGAUGAGCACCUUUUGUGGCUGGCACAGCGAGAAGAUAAAGCCUGCAGCGGCAUUGUGGGUGCCCUGGAGCGCAUUGGAGGAGCUGCCCUCAGCCCCCAUGCCCAGCACAUCUCUGUGAACUCAAGGAACGUGGCCUUGGAGGCCUACCUCAUCAAGCCUCACAGCUAUGUGGGCCUGACCUGCACGGCCUUCCAGAGGAGGGAGGCAGGCCUGUUGGCUGCACAGCCAGGUGGCCCUGGCCAGAAUGUCCCACUGGAGCCCGAGCCCCUAGCCGAUCAGCAGCUCCGCUUCCGCUGCACCACUGGGAGACCCAACAUUUCUCUAUCAUCCUUCCACAUCAAGAAUAGCGUGGCCCUGGCCUCCAUCCAGCUGCCCCCCAGCCUGUUCUCAACCCUUCCGGCUGCCCUGGCUCCCCCAGUCCCUCCAGAUUGCACCCUGCAACUGCUGGUCUUCAGAAAUGGCCGUCUUUUCCGCAGCCAUGGCAACACUUCCCGUCCUGGAGCAGCUGGGCCUGGCAAGAGGCGUGGUGUGGCCACCCCGGUCAUAUUUGCAGGAACCAGUGGCUGCGGCGUGGGGAACUUGACCGAGCCAGUGGCUGUUUCACUGCGGCACUGGGCUGAAGGAGCUGACCCCAUGGCAGCUUGGUGGAACCAGGAGGGGCCCGGGGGCUGGAGUUCCGAAGGCUGCAGGCUCCGCUUCAGCCAGCCCAAUGUCAGCUCGCUGGACUGCCGGCAUCUGGGCAACGUGGCUGUGCUCAUGGAGCUGAGUGCAUUCCCUCGGGAGGUAGGAGGUUCUGGAGCUGGGUUGCAUCCCGUUGUCUACCCCUGCACCGCCUUGCUGCUACUCUGCCUUUUCUCCACCAUCAUCACCUACAUCCUUAACCACAGCUCCAUCCACGUGUCCCGGAAGGGUUGGCACAUGCUGUUGAAUCUGUGUUUCCACAUGGCCAUGACCUCUGCUGUCUUCGUGGGGGGCAUCACUCUCACCAACUACCAAAUGGUUUGCCAAGCGGUGGGCAUCACUCUGCACUACUCGUCCUUGUCCACGCUGCUCUGGAUGGGGGUAAAGGCUCGUGUCCUCCACAAGGAGCUCACCUGGAGGGCACCCCCUCCAGAGGAAGGGGAUGCAGCCCCACCUGGUCCUCGCCCCAUGCUCCGGUUCUAUUUGAUUGCUGGAGGGAUCCCCCUCAUAAUCUGCGGCAUCACCGCUGCGGUCAACAUCCACAACUACCGGGACCACAGUCCCUAUUGCUGGCUGGUGUGGCGUCCAAGCCUUGGUGCCUUCUACAUACCGGUGGCGUUGAUCCUGCCCAUCACCUGGAUCUACUUCUUGUGUGCCGGCCUGCACUUACGGGGUCAUAUGGCCCAGAAUCCUAAGCAGGGUAACAGUAGGCUCUCUCCGGAGCCAGGGGAAGACCUGAGGGGUUCCACCAGGCUCAGGAGCAGUGGCGUCCUCCUGAGUGACUCUGGUUCCCUUUUGGCUACGGUUAGCGCAGGGGUAGGGACGCCUGCGCCCCCAGAGGUUGGUGAUGGCGUCUAUUCUCCGGGAGUCCAGCUGGGGGCGCUGAUGACCACACAUUUCCUGUACCUGGCUAUGUGGGCCUGUGGCGCCUUGGCCGUGUCUCAGCGCUGGCUGCCCGGAGUGGUGUGUAGCUGUCUCUAUGGUGUGGCAGCGUCAGCUCUGGGCCUCUUUGUCUUCACGCACCACUGUGCCAGGCGUAGGGAUGUCCGGGCUUCCUGGCGCGCCUGCUGCCCUCCUGCGUCACCCUCGGCCUCCCACGCCCCACCCCGGGCCCUGCCGACGGCUGCGGAGGAUGGAUCCCCAGUGUUGGGGGAGGGACCAGCCUCCCUCAAGUCCUCCCCAAGUGGCAGCAGUGGCCGCGCGCCGCCGCCCCCGUGCAAACUCACCAAUCUGCAGGUAGCCCAGAGUCAGGUGUGCGAGGCCGGCGUGGCUGCCCGCGGGGAUGGAGAGCCAGAGCCCACGGGCUCCCGUGGCAGCCUCGCUCCCCGGCACCAUAACAACCUGCAUCACGGACGCCGAGUACACAAGAGUCGGGCCAAGGGGCACCGAGCCGGAGAGACUGGCGGCAAGAGCCGGCUCAAGGCGCUGCGCGCGGGCGCGUCCCCGGGAGCUCCCGAGCUGCUGUCCAGUGAGAGCGGCAGCUUGCACAACAGCCCCUCUGACAGCUACCCGGGCAGCAGCCGCAACAGCCCCGGCGACGGCCUCCCACUCGAGGGUGAGCCCAUGCUCACGCCGUCCGAGGGCAGCGACACCAGCGCAGCGCCCAUCUCCGAGACCGGGCGCCCCGGGCAGCGCCGCUGCGCCAGCCGUGACAACCUCAAGGGCAGCGGCAGCGCACUGGAGCGGGAAAGCAAGCGCCGCUCAUACCCGCUCAACACCAGCAGUCUGAACGGCGCCCCCAAGGGGGGCAAGUAUGAGGAUUCCAGUGUGACCGGUGGUGCAGAGGCCAUAGCGGGAGGCUGCAUGAAGACCGGCCUCUGGAAGAGCGAGACCACCGUCUAGGGCAGAGGCGGGCCAGAUUUCGGAUGGGCGGGCCACACCGGCUUGUUAACUCGCAGGUCCUCCUGGGCGGUCCAAGCUGUCUACCGAUGUGUAGGUUUGAGGUGGCCGUGCUGAUGACUGCCCCUGGGCUCACCAUCUUUAGUUACCCGGGCUGGGGAAGGGAGAGGCAGAUGCUUGCCGGUUGUCUGGUGGACUAUCCCUCAGCAGUAGCGACAGACAGUCCCAGACAUCAGCUUAGACCAGUUUUGAUGGUCAAAAGUUUUUGGUGUGCCCUCCCAGGUAGGGGGUAAAAGUUCCGUCGGUCUGUGGGGUGACCCACAAACGGAGUGGAAAAGCACAGCCCAGGUAGGCUCAGGAAACCUGGGAACUGCUUUUUCCUCACCAGCCUCAGGAGGCACCGUGUGACUGCUAAGAUCCCAGGCCUCUUGCCCAGUUUUGGCCUGGGAAACCGCCCUAGCAGGUGAGCCAGGUGCCCUGCCGGGGAAAUAACAGGUGCUGCCUUUUCAGAUCAACUAUGCAAGGGGGAGGGGACAGUGUGUAGGCAACUCUAGAGGUCAGCUAAGUCCCGUGGGAGGGGGGCAGGUGGGAGAGAGAGGUGCACAGUUAGGGAGACAUGAUCCCUAGGGGGUGGUACACAAGUCUUCCAGAACAAAACCUGAACACCUGAGAAAGCGAUGCGGCCAGGUGCCUAAAGACUCAAGGGGAGGGAGCUGCUGUUUGGAUCCGGGCACCACCUGUACCAUGGUCUGAAGAGUGGUUCCACUUAGCUGCUCAAUUACAAUACCCACUGCCUGCUCUCAGCUGUCCAUCUCCAAGGGACUGAGGAAAAAUGCCUCCAUGAGGCUUUCUGUGGCCAAGCCAUGGUAAUAAUCCAAUUUCUAACUCCAGUUAGAAACCUAAAAUGCCAAACCAUCUCCCAACUCACUGAAACCCAACCAGACUCGGAGGCAGUACCUGGGUCCUGGUUGCCCAACAGUCUGCUUUCACUACACACUAAAAACCCCAGCAACCAUUUCCCCCCAACUUAAAAUGCCUUCAACUACAGAACCACAUGGAAGGAGAGGAAUCCUUGGGAAUUGUGAAGCAGUAGGGACCCCAGGUCUGGUCAGGUGAGAGAACGCAGUGGGGGAGAGGCCACACUCCUUGAGAUGGGUCCCAUUAUUUAUGCUUGCUGCACAGACAAUAUUAGAGGCGACGCUUUGUAUUACUCUACCACACAUGCUGGCUGCUGUUUACAUACCCUGCCAAUGCCUUAGCACUGGAGAGCUUUUUGCAAUAUGCCGGGGAGGGGGGGAGGGAGGGACGGACGGACGACGAAGUGCCAAAGAAAACCUGUUUUAAAAGUUCUGGUUUUAUACAACAGAAUGUUUUCUAGCAGAUGCCUCUCUGUUUUAAUAUAUUAAAAUCUUGCAAAGCCCUUUGAGCGACA